UUUCUGGACUUCUGCUACUUUCUUGAGCUUUAAGGGUGCUCAUGGAGAUUAAUGACAAGAAAAAAACAUCAAAUAUGGAUGAUUAUGAAGUGAUAGAGCAGAUAGGCAGAGGAACAUUUGGAGCUGCAUUUCUAGUUCUUCACAAAUUUGAGAGGAAGAAGUAUGUAUUAAAGAACAUUCGAUUGUCUAAACAAACAGAGAAAUUCAAGCGUGCGGCUCAUCAAGAGAUGAAAAUAAUAGCACAGCUAAAUAACCAGUAUAUUGUGGAGUACAAAGAUGCAUGGGUGGAAAAGGAAUGCUGUGUGUGCAUUGUGACAAGUUACUGUGAGGAAGGAGAUAUGGCUGAGAUGAUAAAGAAAGCUAGAGGAACAUUUCUUCCAGAAGAGAAGCUCUGCAAAUGGCUGACCCAGCUGUUGCUAGCGGUUGACUACCUCCACUCCAACCGUGUUCUUCACAGAGAUUUAAAGUGCUCCAACAUAUUCCUUACAAAGAGCAAUGACAUAAGGUUAGGUGAUUUCGGACUUGCAAAACUACUCAACAAAGAUGACCUUGCUUCCUCGGUAAUUAAAAUGCCCUUCUACAUGUGCCCAGAGCUUUUGGCAGAUAUACCAUAUGGAUACAAAUCGAAUAUUUGGUCAUUAGGUUGCUGCAUGUUAGAAAUAGCUGCACAUCAACCUGCAUUUAGAGCUCCUGAUUUGUCAGGACUUGUUAACAAAAUAAACCGAUCAUACAUGUCCCCACUUCCAAUUGUGUGUUCUUCUGCAUUGAAACAAUUAAUCAAGAGCAUGUUGAGAAAUAACCCUGACCACAGACCAACAGCUGCAAAGCUGCUGAGGCAUCCCCAUUUACAGCCAUACCUUGCUCAAUGCUCCAAUAUAUCAUCUGUUUUUAUACCAGUGAAGUCUGAACACAGCAGCAAACUUACACCAAAAGGAACCCAACUGUCUAACAAAGUUAGUGUUGGAAAAGACACCAGAAGUGGAAAGGCAAGGGCAUCAAAGAAUUUGGGAAGUGUUCAGGUAGGUUGCACUAACUGUCCUGAGAAAACAUCAAAAGCAGUAAAGGGUUCUAGAGUUAUCUCCAAUUCUGUUGAACAAAUUGGAAAUGCCAACUCAGAAACAGCCUUGGUGCAUAUGUUGUCAGCACAUGCAGAUAGGAAACAAGGGUGUUCCUCUAAGCCAAGAUGCUCUUCACAUUCUACAAUAAACCCUAGCUCAUAUCUGAUAAAUGCUUCCACUGAAAAUCCAUCAUUGGAAGGUAAAGUCACACUGCCAUGUGAAAAAGAAUUUAAUGUAAGGGAAAAUGGUCUUCUCUCUAGUAAGCAAACAGAGAAAGAAGAUAUUUACGAAUUGAAUGGAGCUUCUAGUGACAUCUCAUCAAUGAGUACACUAACUUUGGAUCAUGGUUAUGAAGCAAGGUUUGAAUGGGACCCCCAAACCUGGCAAAGAGUAGAAGGUCUGGAGUUACUACUAGAGAUCUGUUCAGAUUUACUAAAACAGGAAAGGCUUGAGGAACUUGCAGGAGUGUUGAGACCUUUCGGUGAAGAAGAAGCUGUGUCAUCAAGAAAAACAGCAAUUUGGUUGACACAGAGCCUAAUGAAUAUUCGCAAAACUGGCAGUGCAGCCUAGCAAAAAUGGAAUUUCAAUGCUUCUUCACUUGUAAUUUCAUUUAGUAGACAAAUUUUCUAGUUUUCAAAAGCUAAGUUCACUUUCAUAAUCCGAAAAUCAUUGUAAAA